GAAAAAAUAAGUUUGGUCGUUUUCCCUUUUUUUAGUAAAUCCCUAGUCUUCAAGCGUGAACAAGCCGAUUAAUUAGGUGAUGUAAUACGUAUAGCUUAACAUGCAGGUUAGCUAUUACAAGGUAGAAAUUUCCUCAUGCCCUGGUAUGACCGAGAGUGGAGUGGGCCCGCCCUCUCUCUCGAAAUGCUCUCACACGGCCACGCGUAUACAGCCUCUGCCAUGGAAGUUCUACUCACUGCCUUCUCGUGGCAGGGGUGUUGUUUACGAAAAUGAGAGGACGAAAAGCGAAUGUCCGGCGCUUUAACUGGAUCCCAAACCAAAUCAGUGGUGCACUUAAGCUGCAGUAUCCCUAAGAUAACCACCUGCUUCGGUCUGGGCCCCCGGGAAGUAUCACAGCCCACACGCACAAAUAUGGUAUGGCGCAUAUAUAUUUGGUGCCCUUUUGUACCAAUAUUUAUGUGUUGAAGUAAAUAAAUAAAUGAGAGUAUCACACAACCAGUAACAAUCGGAAUACUGGCCUCGAUUCUAUCAUAUGAUUCACAUGUCCGAUGUACAUAGGAGUAUUGUUGAUUAACUUACGUCUGAGGCUACUCGCGUAUUAUCGGUUCAUAAUGGAUUUCAAACAAAACGUGAUAAUUAGGUGGCUAUGAUAAAUGGGACUACAACAGCCUACGUUAUUCCUUUUUCUAGUAUGCUUCUGUUAGUGUUCAGUCUCCUCUUAAAUAAGUCAAUUGAGGGUGUGGAAACUACUGCUUCGGAUAACAGGUUCCAAGAGCUGAUGAAUCGAUGUGAAAACCUGUAUGCCACCGGUAUUUUAAUACCGGUGGCAUACAGGUUUUCGUUCUAGGCUUUUCUACUCGCCCGACCUAAUGGAAAGAAAAAGAGACAAUAUGUAGGGUCCAAAAUCAUUUCUCAGUAUCCUAUACAUCAAAAUUAGAUCUUCACCCAUUCUGCGAUAGGAAAGAGUGAACAGGUCUAGCUUUUCAAGCCGCUCUCUGUAUGGUUGACCCCAAAGUUCUGGAAUUGCAUAGCUAGGUACCCUCCGUACUUUUUCUAGGAUGUCCCGGUUACCUUUCAAAUAGGGGCUUGCAGCCUGAACGCAGUUCCCGAGCUUUUCUCUCAUUAAAGUUGCGUUUACUGUAAUGAACAUGGUAGUAUUUAACUUGACGAAUGUCCGUCUUAAAGCCCAUAGCGUUAUAAACCCCUUAGCUGCAACCUUCCGACAAUGGGCCGUGGUCUUAAAACCAUAACACACCGUCACCUCAAAAUCCUUGUGAGACCAGAUCACGGGUACAACCUACUAGGAAAUCCUUAAACCAUUUUAGGAGAGGUGCUAAGACUUUCUAGCCUCAAUAGCAUUCUAUUUGUUGGCACCUUGUCAAAUGCCUUACUCAGGUCUGUGUAGGCAAAAUCCACUGAGUUUCCGUUGUCUAGCGCCUUUAUCCAAUAUCCCCUUGCUAUAAGGAGUUUUGUUGUGUAAGAUAAAUCUUUUCUGAAACCAUAUUGUUCAUUGUUUAACAAAUGUUAUUAUGGUCUGUUUGAUUGUUCUUUCCAGUAUUUCAAUCACAACAUUGGUGAGGCUGACAGGUGUGUAAUUCGAUAGAAGUUGUCUUGGUCCUGUUUUAUGUAUGGGAGUGACGAUCGCAUCCUUCCGGUGCAUAGGUAACACACCUCGGUCAAGUGACAUAUUGAAAAUCACGAUGAAUUUAUGAUCGUUUUGGGAAAUAUUUUUAACAUUUAAUUCACAAGAUGGAGAUGGCUGAUUCGAAUUGUGUUGAUUUUCUACCUACUCCAAACUGUGUAUAUACACUUAAUGAAGUCACAGAUGUACAGUCCAAUUUCGUCCCAACCAAAGUAGCUAGUCAAGAUGAUACUCAGAAUUACGCAUCUGAUGAACUUUCAGCUACAUAUACUGGAUUGUGUUGCUCCAUAUGUCACUGCUUUUUCAAUUCUCCCGAUCAAAUGUCUAGACACUUGAAUAUCCAUAAUACCGGCAAACCGUAUGUUUGUUCUCAUUGUAAUGCUUCAUUUAACCAAGCUGAGAAUUUGUAUGUACAUAUUUCAUUAUAUCACACAAUAUGUGAAAAUCAAGACCAUUACAAUUGCUGCUUAUGUGACAAGCGAUUCCUUCGUUUUACUGCAUACAAAUCACACUUGUUACUACAUCAAAUCGACGAGAAUUUUGUUUGUUCCGUUUGUCAACAGUCGUUCGAAUCAGUCACACUGUAUGAAAAGCAUCUACAUGCAUGCACAAAAACCAUUGUCAUUAAUAAACCUCCAUCUCAAUAUCGAUGUCGAGUUUGUGGAAUGCUCUUAUCUUCUGUUGGUAAAAUUAAACAACAUUAUCGCCGUAGGCACCCUUGUUAUCGUUCACAUCCUAUCGAAAAUUCUAGAGUAAUCACAGAAACUAAUCUAGAACCAUCGACAGAUAUAAAUGCAGGCAAUAUCCGAAGUAGCAAACUCCGUGCUACUGAUCACCUUUCAACUAUAAUAAAAAGGGGCCAGCGUCGAAGUAAGAACUCGCUUUCUAUGCUGGAUCAGCUCAUUUAUCAAAUUCCUGCUGAACAACCAAUUAUCCAGGACAAUUCUGAUGCAAUAAAAUCGAAUCACAAAAAGGGAAAAACUCCCUAUUUGUGUUCAGUAUGCCAUAAAAAGUUUGUUAAACCAUCCUUACUUAAACGUCAUAUGACAAUCCAUACAAAAAAUAAAUCUUACGAGUGUGUAUUAUGUCACGCUAGAUUCACCCAAAAAUCUUCUGCAAAAACACAUGUACUUCUUCAUAUUAGUGCAUUGAAUAUCCAUCCAAGCUACCAUUCCACAGAAAAUGGCAUAGAUUCAUCGCUCCCCGUGUUGGCUGUUAAUAAUGAAUCACAGGAUAGUGUUACAAACAGAUUACCUUGUUUAGAUUCUCAUGUGAAUUCUGGUAUUGAAAUCUUGACUUUUCCAAAUGAUAAUGAUACUUUAAACUGUACAACUCUGUCACAUAAUUCUGUUGUGUUGCAGUCAUUUAUUCCUCAGUAUCAUGCAGCGGAAAGUAACUUGAAUCGAAUAAGACCUGAUCAUGCUGACCACAAUCUUAUUCCCCCAGUUUCUAACUCAAAUCUUGAAAUGGAUUAUUCUUAUCCCCAAAUGUUUAGUUGUCCAGUGUGCUAUAAAAGAUUUCAACUGUCUAGAAGUCUGAGAGUACACAUGCUACGUCAUUCUAUGGUUGGUUGUAAAAGCUGCGAACAGACCGCAAUUUCUCAAAACUCAAUUCAGCCGAAAAAUAUGCAAAAUAGAUUGAAUACCAAACCAUGUGAUAAAUCGAAAAAAUCUUGUUCAAGAAAGCUCUUACAUAGAUUUCAUCGGUGUAUUCAUUGCUUCAAGUUUUUUCGAUCUGUAAAUCGCUUAAAAAUGCAUAUUUACAAAACCCACCUUGGGAGGUGUACUGUAUUUAUGUGUAGCAAAUGUCCUCGUAGAUUUAUAUCCAGCCUGGGUUUAAAAAGACAUGUUAAUCUACGUCAUCGUCGUGUUAAAACUAACAAUAUCUGUCCUAUAUGUCAAACUUUGUUUUUGAGUUUGUCAGCAUUAAAACGUCAUAUGGACAUACAUUCUAGUGAGCGGCUGUUCAGCUGUUAUAUAUGCCACAAGAGAUUUCAGUUCCUUCAUUCUUGUCGUAAGCAUCUACUUAACCACUCCAUUAUCAAACGUAGUAAAAAACAAAAACACGGUGUACGAAAAUUGUCGGAAUCUUGCGCAUCUGAUAUGGUAAUGAUUCCUAAAUAUCCUGUGCUCCAGACUGUGAUUAUAGAUAGCUCAUCUAAAUCAAAAGAUGCAGGCUCGUGCUCGGAUCCAAACAUUACCGCAAGUGACUUUAUGAAUACAGUUGAAAAGUGUUCUUUAUAUAAUAAUACAGGUUCAAAUACCUUUAGAUCAGAUGGUCUAUCAGUUGUAGUUGAAAUCCAAUCGCCGUCAAAUAAUGCAAGUAAUAUUUUUGUCCCACUACCGCAAUCAGUUUCCCAACAUCAAACUCUCGAUCUUCCUACUGUAAACAAUCUCAGAGAUAACUUAAAUAACCUCAAAAACUCAGAAAUGGUUAGCGUAGCCGCUAAACCUUACAGCGAAUUCUCACAACACCAAACAGGUCUUUGGAUCGAUUCUUCUGUUGAAAACCAAUCUUACUGUGUCCCAAACAUUCCACCAAAUGAAGUAGAUCAAACUCUUGAUUUGUUGGUCAUUGAUAGAUCUCAAGCAUUUAGCUCAACAGAAGUACCUGCUGAGGGUUCAAUUGAUGCCUACGAAGAACCUGUUUUAUUGGCUCCAGGUAAUGUAGAUUCCUCGAAAUUCCCUUCAAACCUCAACAUUGACCCUUUAUUUAACACUCAGUCUUUUAUGUGUGCUGUUGAACCGUUAGAUAAAGAUUUGACAGCUAAUAUUUGUUAUGCCUCAAGUACAUAUACAACUAACAUAAAUACUGCUGUUUCGGUAGUGAAUAAUUCCAAUCAAACCAGUAACACCAAUCCUGAUUAUAAAACUCCUCGACCUUCCGAAAGGAUAUGUUUAAAUGUUGACAAAUCAUGUUCAUUUGAAAGAGAAACCUCUGACAUCAUUAAAUCAAAUUCAUUUCCAAUUUUGUCGACGCAGCAGCUGUAUGGAUGUGGGUUAUGCAACAUGGUGUAUGAAGAUGCAGAAAGUUUACUUCAGCAUAAUCGUAUAUCUCACAAUAAUAUUCCGAAGUCAUUUUCAUGUUCUAGUUGUCCACGUAGUUUUACAAAUCCAACUCUACUUCUUAGUCAUUCGCGUGUACAUAGUCCAGAAUAUGAUGGGAUACUGAACUGUCCUUUGUGUCCUAUGUCCGUAUUCACCAAGCAGUCGGCUCUUAGUCGCCAUAUUAUCUAUUGUCAUCCACUACCUCUCUCAGAACCGUUUAUGUGCUCAAACUGUGGCAUGCGAUUCAUGAUGCUUCGUAGUCUAAAAUCUCAUGUAAAUAAUAUUUUGAAUGGUGUUGAUAUAUGUGUAUCUAAAUCAACAUUAGAACAACAAGAAAGUACCAAUAAUACGAUUAAUAAUGAACUACUGAAUGGUAAAAAUGCAAGUAGAUUAAACAACACGUCUAGUUCAAAGAGAAAUACCCAUCAUAUAUCAAGCUUGUCCUCUAAUUUGGUUGACGAAAUAGCAAAGUUACAACCAUCAAAUCAUUUGUCUUUAUCGGAAAAAUACUUAAUUAAAGCUGCUAGAGAACGCGUUGAAAACACUGUUAGUUUUCCAAAAGUAAUGAUAGAUUCACAUCCACUAAACCAUCAAUCUAGCUUCCCAGUCAGUGGAAAUAUUUGUAACAUAUGUAAUAAAAAUUUUACAAAAAAAUCAGACCUUCGAUAUCACCUCAAUGUACAUUCUGGAAUUCGACCAUAUGAAUGUGAUAAAUGCCAUCGACGGUUUAUGAAACAUUCUCAACUUCGUCAACACAAAUUUAAAGUACACGAAUUAAAUAUGUCUAAAAUAGUUAUGACAUCUAAAAAGAAGGCAUUAAUGAAACAUGCACUUUUCUGUCAUUUAUGCGGUUUCGGAUUUUCCUCUAGAAGCAGUCUACGCUUACAUGUAAGAUUACAUACUGAUACUCGAGGUUACGGUUGUCCAUAUUGUAAUUCUGUUUUUCAUAACCCUAGUCAUAGAAAACGUCACUUACUCAAUUGUAAAGUGAGACGUCAAAGCAGCAAUGAAUUGAAUUCUGCUAAUUUUUCAUCUACUUUGGAUAAUAAUAUUAUGAACAUAAAUCAUCCUGAAGAGGAAACUAUUAGUGAAGCACAUAAAAUGAAUCGUUCUUUUAAAGAUUGUAUCUGUGGCAAUGGGGUUUCUGAACACUGUACUAAAUGUACUCUUUAUUUGGAUAUAUUAUUAUACUCGGAAGACAUAACAACGAAUGAUAAGGUGAUUAACAACCAAGUUUUAGAUGUACCAAAUAAUUCUGGUUCCGAACCAGUCAAUAUGUCAACGGUUUAUCUUGAAAUCACGGACCAUGAUAUUAAUAACAAUCAUGAAAAACCUCUUAUAAGUCAAAAUAUUCCAAACACCAUUGAUAUCACAGAUGGGCAGCAAUGUCAAUAUCUUUUAGCCUCAACUUGUGAUAUGACUGAACUCAAUCAACAUUUUAUUCCUAUCAAUAAUAACUUAGACAAUGCAAUUAAUAUCCAUGAUAGUAAUAAUGAUAUAUGUAACGACACUAAUCCGGUUGUUUUGUAUUCAGAUGAAAAUAUGUUUGAUUUUGUACCAUGUGAAGAUAUUUACUCUAAUAAUACUCUACAUAAUCAUCAUGAAUACUUGACUACUGCUUUAGGAAAUGAACCGAUAGAUUCUUCCACAAACACUAUUACUACUGAUAAUGCAAUUAUAAGUAGUCAUAACCAUGAUGAUAAUAAUAAUAAUCUAACCAAUCAUCUAACAAAAGUUAAAUCCAAUCAUAAUAAAAAAUUUCAACGUUUAUUCAAUUGUACUAUAUGUCAUAAAACAUUUACUAAAAAUUCAUCAUUAACUAGACAUGAACGAAUUCAUAAUAUGAUUAAACCUUUUAUUUGUCGUUAUUGUAAUGCUAGUUUUACACAAAGUUUCAGUUUAACUAGUCAUGAAUUAAUACAUAUCGGUGAAAAACCAUAUCAAUGUUCACAAUGUAAUGCUAGUUUUCGUCAAUUAUGUAAUUUAAAAAGGCAUUUGAAAUUAAUUCAUAAAUAAAUGCAUAAUAGUGAUAGUUUAUUUUCCUUCUUUUAAUAAAUUAAUGGAUGGAGUUAUACUUUUGUAAUGUAUAUUUAGAUUAAAUAUUUAGUGUAUUAUUAUGGAUCAAAUGUCCAUAUUUGAAUGUUAUACAUUCAAAAUCAAACUAUUGAUAAAAACAUAAUGAUGUAUAGGAAUUGAUGAAUACAAGUACCUUAUUGUGAUAAAUCAUAAUUAGAUUGUAAAAUACGUUUAUAUUAACGUUUUCUAUCUCUCUCUCCAUUUUAUUAUCUAUAUAUGUCUGUAAAUAGAUAAAUCAUUAAGUUUUGUAUUACGAUAUAUUUGUGCAUAAAAUUUUGAGAAAAAAUAUGACAGUAGUCAUAUGUUUUACUUUGUAAUCAUUUUAGCAUUAAAUAGUUAAUUUGAUUAGUUCCUAAACUUGAUCCAGAUCGAUUUUUGAUGUAUACUAUAUUCAAUAGAUUAUGUAUCGUAUGUC